AUGACUAUGCUCGUCAACUGGGAACCGCCGAGCGCGAAUGUGUGCCCCUCGUCAGUCGCGAAAUAUUUUCACGAUCUAAACCUCGACGUUGAACUUUGCGUUCCCGAUUUUUGUACGCGGACAAGCUACACGGUCAAAGUGCCGGAUUUUACUGUAGACGAGGUCGACGAUUUCAUCGAGUGGCUUGGCGUGUUUUCUUUGGAAUCAAAUCUGGGUGGUGGAGAUGAGUAUUUGUCAGCAUACGAAACGCCCCAGCCACAUCAGGAAUAUGGGCAAGUGAAAUUUUUGCAAUGGAGAGGAUUUUUCACCAGCCAUCAAAUAAGAAAACUGUGCGAAUUUUUGAUGUAA